AUGAGUACGAAGAAAUUUUCUGUGCUAAUUCAGCCAAAGAUACAGUAUGAAAUUAUAAUAACUCGAGAAUCUACUAUUACAUUACUCGCAGUGACAUCUGUUCCAUGCUAUCCAUUGAGUAAUCCUGCUGUAGUCUCAGUUAUGAUGCAAGAUCAAGUACAACAAAUUGCUACGCUUGAGCCAAACUCCGAAGUAGCCAGAAUUGAGAACUGCGUCUUGAAUUUGGAUAAUUAUGUACUUAAGAACGAAGGAAGCGAACCAAUUAGGCUCAUUUACACAACAGAAUCCCCUGAUUAUAUUAAUAUUUACUCCAAAUCCGAAAAAAUGCGCUCUAAUAAGUAUCAAGAUUUUACAAAUGAUUUCCUUCUUCAAGUUGAUCGAUUCUUUGAGUCGAAGACUCCUUUGCUCGAGAUUGCCCACUUCUUUAACAAGCUUCCAAAUUGCAAUCACGCAGUUCAAUUCAGAAAUUCGGUUAUUAUCGCCUUACGUCGCUUAAACAAUACAUUAGCUCACGAGUUUGUCGAUUUAAUUAAUGUAUAUGAUUUAAGUUUCAGGCUCGGAAACGAAAUUACCCCUGGAUUCCGUUAUUUCUUUAGUUUAUUACUUAACAACUUCCAAGAACUUGCUCCAAUUGCUGUUUCUACCUGUGUUACACGCUCCAACUUCCUUACAUUCCUUUCAAUUAUCAUUGAAUGCAAAUAUACUCAAUCCGUCGGCCAAGUUCUUCAAACAUUCUGCCAUGUUAACGAGCAAUACACUCCAGAAACGCUUGAAACCAUUUUCAAGUUCGUUAUUAAGAACGAUAUCCCAAUUAACCAAAAUCUUCUUAUCCAGUUCCAUCCAAUUCUUUCUGAGACCGCAAUCAACGAUGUUUGUGGUCAUCUUAUUACUUCUAGUACUAUUCAAAGGUCACAAACGAAAGAAGAAGAUAAAUCAGAAAAUGAAAAUCUUUCCAAGAUGAAUGAUGAACUUUCCAACAAAGUUUUAGCAUUAGAAAGUCAAUUGUCAUCAGCCAAGAAAGAAAUCAAGUCCAAAGAAGAGAUCAUUUCCAAUUUGAAGACAGAAAACAAUUCAAACAACGAUGAACAAGUCAAAAAACUCAUUUCACAACUGAAUUCAUCAGAAAACAAAAACAAAGCGUACGAAGAGAAACUUAAACAGCUUGCAAGUGAGUUCACAAUGAGAUCUAAUCCAGUAGCAGACAGAAUCUCCGUUCUCGAGAACCAAAUCAACAACCAAGCAAUAACAAUCCAAUAUUUCGAGAAAAAACUAAAAGAAGCACAAAACCAAAACUCUAAUUCUGGAAAUAAAGAUUAUGAAAAAAGAAUUAAUGAAUUGGAAGAGAAGUUGAGGAUUUCUGAAUCUAAAAAUAAAGAGUUAGAGAUGCAAUUGCAGAAUAAACCAAAAGAACAAGUUGAUUUCAACAAAAUAUCAGAGAAUGAUUCGAAGAUUUCUGAAUUAAACAAACAGAUCUCUAAUUUAUCAUCAAAACUAAAUGAAUCAGAAUCCAGAAACAAAUCAUUAGAAAACAAAAUUAAAGAAAUCGAAUCUAAAAACAAGAUUAAUAAUACAAGUGAUUUAGAAAACAAAAUUAAAGAUCUUGAAAAUAAAAACAAAUCAUUGGAAAAAAGAAUUAAUAAUUCAAAUGAUUUAGAAAGCAAAAUCAAAGAUCUUGAAUCUAAAAACAAAUUACUCGAAAAGAAACUUUCUGAACAAAGUAAUAAUAGUUCAAGUGAUUUAGAAAGUAGAGUUAAAGAUCUUGAGUUUAAACUGAAAACAGCAGUUCAAACAGGUAAAGAACUUCAAAACGAAAACAAAGAAUUACUUGAAAAAUUGAAGGAUCAACAAUCAACACCUGUUCUUCAAGGAGAUGCCAAAGCACAGGAAAUGCUUCAUAAAAUGGCUGUGAAAUUACAAGAUCACAUUACAAAACUAUCUAAAUCGAAUUUAAUCAUUGCACAGAAAGAUUUGGAAAUCAAAGAAUUGAAUUCUAAAGUUGAUGAAAUGAAAGCAGAAAUAGAAAAACUUAAAUCAGCACCAGAGAAACCACAACAACAACAGCAAAAGCAACAACAGAAACAGCAAAACGAUGAAGAUAAAUUUGCUGUUUAUGUUCCACCUUCAAAUCAACAACAAAAAGAUCAAAAUGAAGACAAAUUCGCUCCUUACAAACCAAACAAACAACAGAGUCCUCCAAACGAAGAAAACAAAUUUGCUCCUUAUUCACCAUCCAAACAGCAAAACAAGAACAACAACAAUGAUAAAAAGAACAAGAAACAAAAUCAAAAUCAAAAUAAACAAAAUGAUAAUCAACAAAAAGUGACAAAUGAUAAUCAACAAAAUGAGGAAGAAAAAGUUAAGGUUGAUCCAACAGGACAUGUUAUCUAUACAACAUCAUAUGAUCCAACAGAAGUAGGAAAGAGCAAUCGUGUUAAUUAUGGAUUGAGAAAGAUUGCAUCAAUUGAAGCAAAAGAAGAGAAAAUGAAAGAACAAUCCAAAGUUAACAAGAAACCAAGGAAGGAAUACGACAUGGAGAAGAUGAAAGAACCAGUCAUUUACUCAUCAAACAAAUUCGCUGGAAUUCUCAACGAUGACGAAGAAGAAGAUUUCUUCUACGAUGAAGAAGAGAUGAUGUACGAAGAAUGGAUUCCUCCCAAACAAAACGAAGAAACUAAACCACAAGCACCUCCAGAAACUAAACCAAUUGAAGAAGCAAAACCAAAAGAAGAAAUUAAACCUAAAGAAGAAAUUAAACCAAAAGAAGUCAAAGUUCAAGAAACUCCUAAUCAAGAAGAAAAGAAAGAAGUUAAACCAGAAGUUAAAGAAGAAGUGAAACAAGAAGCACCAAAACAAACAAAGAAUGAAAAGAAGAACAAGAAAGAUAAUCAAAAGCAGAAAUCUCCUCCUAAAGAACAAAAACAAGAAAAUAAACAAGAGAAGAAAGAAGAAAAAGUCAUUCCAGAGAAGAAAGAAGAGAAACAGGUUAUUAAAGAAGAAGGAAAGAUUGAAGAGCCAAAGAACAACAAACAAGAACAGAAGAAGAAUCAUAAAGAAGAGGAAGAAGAGAAAGGAGAUGCAAUUGAUGCAGAAUAUGCAGAGUUGAUUGCAUUGGCAGAAGCAAACAAGAAGAAGAAAGAAGAGAAGCUUCUCCUUGAAGAAGAGAAAAGAAAAGCACGUGAAGCAGAAAGCUUGCCACAAGAAGUCUUAGAAGCUAUCUACGGCAAACAAGAAGAAUCUCAUUUCUACUGGGAGCCAAAGCACAAAGAGGAAGAUUCGGAUGAUUUAAAAGUCAAACCUGAGGAACUUCGAGAAAACAAAGCUGAAAAAGAAGAAAAACCAAAACAAAAUCAAAAACUUUCAAAGACAUCAGAAAAACAAACAACAAAAACAGAAGUUCCUCGCGAAAAAGCAAAAGUUUCAGAAGAGGAACAUCUGAAAGAUCGAGAAGAAAUCAAACAAGAUAAAGUUGUUGUUCAAGAAAGAAGUCAAAAGAAGGUUUCUAUUGGUUUUAUUUUGACAAUCUGUCUUAUUUCAGUCUUUGUUGUUUUGAUGGGCUUUCUUGGUGGUUUCUUAUACAGCAAUUCUCUUAAAUAG